AACAAAAUAAAUAAGAGCAGAGGAGGAGCUGAACUUUAGAAAAUAAAUGGAAUUGAAUACUGUUGUAGCUGUUGUACUAGGAUUCUCAUGUUCUUGCUUACACCUUUUUGCAAGAGGAAACAGUAUAAAGGCAGGCAAAUCAAUCACUGGUAAUGAGACACUGGUUUCAACUAGUGAAAGUUUUACCUUAGGCUUCUUCACUCCAGGUAAUUCUACAAACAGCUACCUUGGCAUAUGGUACAAUACUAUCCCUGAACAAAAUGUCAUUUGGGUUGCCAACAGAGAAUCUCCAAUCCCUCAGAAUUCUACUGUAGUUUUCACUAUAGGUAUUGAUGGGAAUUUCGUGAUUGUUGAUGAAAAGGGUAAACUUAUUUGGUCAUCAAAUGUUACAUCCACCACAGGGGGAUUAUUAACUUCAAAUUCUACCGUGGGAGCGUUGUUAGAUAACGGAAAUCUUGUUCUUAAACAUGGUGAAUCUAACAUAUGGACUAGCUUUGAGCAUCCUACCGAUACAUUAAUGCCCGGGAUGAAAAUUGGUUAUAACAGAAAGACAGGCAAACAAACUGUGAUCAAUUCGUGGACGAGUAAAGAAGAUCCCCGGCCUGGAAAUUUCUCUUUUGGAGUAGAUCCUGAAGGGCAUGACCAUUAUUUCAUUUGGAAGCACAGCAGUAUUUAUUAUAGAUUUGGCCGUGAAGACGAAUUCCCGCGGAGGACUAUACUAGGAGUUACAUGGCAUGCUGAUUUAGUUUCUAAUCACGAUGAAGUAUCUCUUACUUUCGAUCAAAAUAAAGGCCCGUUAAUAAUAAGGGUCGUUUUGGAUCCUAGUGGGCAAUUCCUGGUGCUGCUAACUAUUCAGAAUAAUAGUAAUUGGGUUACUACAAUUCGGGAGCCACAAGUUGAGUGUGCAGUUUAUGCCUAUUGUGGUCCAUUUGGCAGCUGUGGAAUCUUAAGUGGAAAAUGCAGCUGUUUAACUGGAUUUGAACCAAGAUUUUCCGAAUAUUCGGAAAAUGAGAAGUGGAAUGGAGCUUGUAUGAGAAAAGUAGCAUUGGAAUGUGAUGGUGGAGACGGGUUUUUGAAACGCGAGCAUAUGAAGUUGCCAGAUCAUGCUAUCUCCUUAGGAAAUAUGAGCAGUAAAGACUGUGAAACGCGGUGCAUUAGGAACUGCUCCUGCUCAGCUUAUGCUUAUUCAAAUGGUAACUGUUUAAUUUGGUUUGGAAAUUUACUGGAUCUUGCAGAUAACUUCAAUGACAGUAGAGCUCUCUAUGUUCGAGUUGAUGGCUCUGAGCUAAAUACUGAUGGUCUAUCUGGGAAUUUAGCUCAAAGAUACAAAAUUCUCAUUGCAAAAAUUGUUUCUGCGGUUGCUGCAACCUUGCUUCUUAUAAGUAUUUUAGUCUUUAUCUUCAAAAGAAAGCUCUUGAAGAGAACAGGCUGGAAGGACGGAAAUUCUUCUCUCCUUAGCUUCACGUCAAGUUCUUUCGUUGGGAAAGAUGAUAUGAAGUUGGUAAAGUACAGCCUGCAGAAUAUAAGAGAGGCUACAUACAAUUUCCACGAAGAUAACAAACUUGGAGAAGGUGGUUUUGGCCCUGUGUUUAAGGUGCAAAAAUUCAAUGUUUUGAUGCUCAUAGUAUUCUCUUUCAUGAAUAUAGAGGAUUUAAACAUUCUGUUUCGGGGGUUUUUGGCUGAGUUCGGAGACGUAGCCAUCAAAAGGCUAAGCAGGAGGUCAUCACAAGGACUGGAGGAGUUCAUGAAUGAGUUGAAGCUAAUCGCGAAUUUGCAGCACAAAAAUCUAGUCAGCCUGUUAGGAUGCUGUGUUGAAGGCGAGGAGAAGAUACUUAUCUAUGAGUAUAUGCCAAAUCGCAGCCUGGACAACUUUCUUUUUGACCCUUCAUUGAAGGUUGUGCUAGACGGGAAUAUACAUUUUGGGAUAAUAGAAGGAAUUGCUCAAGGAAUGCUUUAUCUACAUAAGUAUUCAAGAUUAAAAGUCAUUCACAGGGACUUAAAAGUAAGCAACAUUCUGCUAGAUCGAGAGAUGAUUCCUAAAAUAUCAGACUUUGGAAUGGCGAGGAUUUUCGGGACUGAUCAAACAUAGGCCAAUACAAACCGAGUGGUCGGAACAUAUGGCUAUAUGUCUCCAGAAUACGUAAUAUAUGGCCAAUUUUCGGAGAAAUCAGAUGUAUUCAGCUUCGGGGUGUUGCUGUUGGAAAUGCUAACUAGUGAACGGAACUCGAACUUUUCCAUGACUGAAAUUUCUUUAUCCCUCUUAGGAUGGGCGUACAAUAUGUGGAAAGAAGGAAGAAUGUUGGAUUUGAUUGAUCCAUCAAUAAGGGAAACUUGCGACGCUAACAAGGCAACAAGGUCAAUUUUGGUUGCCCUUCUUUGUGUUCAAGAAAUUCCCACAGAUCGGCCAACAAUGUCUAAUAUAGUUGCCAUGUUAAGCAACGAAACGUUAUCAAUUCCCGAGCCAAAAGAACCUGCCUUUCGCAGUAGCUGGCAACCUCAACAUGAGUUAAAUGGUUCUUCCAAAAAUGAGAUGACAAUUAGUUUGCCAGAACCUCGAUAGGAGAAAAUUAUGUCACUAUUUCUUAUAGUUAGAGGCAGAGUUAGUUUUUUAGUUUAUAAGUUUUGAAUUUUCAAGAAGGCAAGCUUACUGGAUGUUGAAAAGUCAAAGUUACUAAGUUAUGUCAAACCUGUAAA